GGAGUGAGUUCGAUCCAAAGACAUUUAGGUAUCAAUAUUCAAUAUCAUCUCCUCUUAUUCAAUUCUCUUGAUUUCUCCGAAAUCGUCUCUUGUUGUAAUGGUGGAUUUGAUUUUGUAACGAGUAGAAGAAAAAAAACAAAAAUCAGAAAGAUGACAACUUCACAAGUAGAAACUGGUUUCUUCGUUGAAUUAAACAAAGGACAUGUAUUCAUCACUAGACGCGAUUUAGCUUCUCUUCUUCUUCAAUCUCGUAAUGGAUGGCGUUUAGCUUGAGACCUUAAGAAUCAAGUACUCCAACUUCUCGAAUUGACUUAUCUAUUAGCUCAGAACCAAAGUCUGUAACAAGCAAAGGCAUGACUUUUCAGACAGAGGUUCCUGAUGAUGGUUCUAGACAAGCUUCUUCUUCGCCUUACUCUGGAAAAGGCAAGAUUGUUCCGGAAUGUGGUCUUGUUGGUGAUAUGUAUGAUCCUUUUGUAGACAGUUUUGAACCAGCGUCUGUGAAAUUAGAUUGUGUUCAGGAGCAUGAACCAGAUAACGACUUGUGCAUUGUACCGAAGGCGAGCAUUUCUUCGAAUAGACCGCUUAGUAUGGAAGAAAACAACCAAGCUGUUGAUAAGGAACCUUUAUGUGAGUCAGAAAUGACUGCUCGGGUCAGUGUUUCCUCGAACAAACCAGCUGAUGUUGAAGAAAACACUGCUGGAAUUGAGAUUGGAGAAGUUGUUUCUGGAGAGGAUGAUGAGUUUGGUAAGAAUGUGGACGAUGGAAGAGAAUGUAAUAGCCAUGAGACUUUGACUCCAAACUCUGAUAAUGAGAAUCCGAAGGUAGAGAACAAUGUACAUGAAGGCGAUAACACAAGGAAAAAGUCUCGAGAGAAAUCAAAGGAGAGAGAUUCAUCAAGGUCCAUGAAGCUUUUCAAAGUCGUGCUUACAAAAUUCGUCAAGGAUCUUCUGAAACCAUCGUGGAGACAAGGGAAUAUGAGCAAGGAGGCGUUUAAGACUAUUGUGAAGAGAGUGGUGGAUAAAGUAUCAAACUCAAUGGAGGGUCGUCGUAUUCCCAAAUCAAGAGCUAAGAUCGAUAAGUACAUUGAUUCUUCACAGCAGAAGCUUACCAAACUGGUUAUGGGUUAUGUAGACAAGUAUGUCAAAGCAUAGUAGAUAAGCGAAUCAAAGGGGAUUUCACAUAACACUUUUGCCCAGCUGGAGAAGAUUCUACAUUUUUGUCUUGUCUGAUAAACGAUGUUUAGUCAGAAUCGUUCUUCUUCUGUGGUGAGUUUUACAAUGCAGAAUUUACCUCUACUUUCAUAACAUGUAAAUGAAGAAUCCAUCCUUUUAAACUGUAGUUGAAACGCAUGUAUGAACCUAAAGUCACAUCACAUAUGACUGCAUUCAUAAAACCUUUAUAGGUAGGUUCAUGUACAAUCACAUUCAAUUAAAUGAUCUUUUGUCUUACUUUUCUUGAACA